AUGUGCGCCGCGUGUCGAAGAGCAGCGGGUUUGCUUUUGAAGCAACGCCCUUCGUCGUCGUCGUAUACGUCGUCGUCCACGUCCAUUUUUUCUCGCACGCAUCGCAUCGUCGAUGGAAAAACCGACGUGUUUCGCUCUGCGGCGAUAUCGGGAACGUCAUCCACGAUGCACGCGAGAACGCGCUGUACGUUUCACACGAACGCAAAAAACGAGGAAGAACACCAAGACUCGAUGAAAAGGAUGAGUAAAACGCGCAACUUUCACUCCACCUCGUUCGCGGCUGGAGGCGUUUCGACGCAUAAGCGAGCUGAAAAGAAAAGAUUUAGCGCAGAAGCAGCGACGACGUCAACGGAAGAGGAAAUGGGUGAAACGGACGUGCGGGCGAAAAAAGACGAGACGAAGAUGAAAAAAUCCGCGCAGUCGUACAUGCUGGCGCACCCGACGUACGAUUUCGGGUUCAUCGAACAACUCAAACCGAAACACCGACCGCCGCAAGGCGCGAGAGAUUACGUGUCUAUGUUUGCGGUUUGGUCCGCUCGGAAAGGGUUCGAUACGAUCACGAGCUAUUCGCACGAGAAGAGCUUGACGAAAGAUCAGUGGUUGUUUCGGUUUAUAUUUUUAGAGACGGUGGCGGGGAUUCCUGGGAUGGUGGCGGGAAUGUUGAGACACAUGAACUCGUUGAGGCUGUUGAGACACGAUAACGGGUGGAUUCACACGUUGUUGGAGGAAGCGGAGAACGAACGAAUGCACUUGAUGACUUUUUUGAACAUGAAACAACCGUCGAUUUUCUUCCGAGCGGGCGUGUUGGCCGCGCAAGGGGUGUUUUUUAACGCGUUUUUCUUUAGUUAUUUGAUCUCGCCGAGAACGUGCCACCGAUUCGUCGGGUAUUUAGAGGAAGAGGCGGUGAGAACGUACACGCACGCGUUGAACGAUAUCGACAGCGGAGGAACCGACGCCAGGCAAUGGGCCAAGGAAAGAGCGCCGAAAUUGGCCAUCGAGUAUUGGAAAAUGGACGAAGACGCGACCAUUCGAGACGUAUUACUCGCCGUCCGAGCGGACGAAGCCAGUCACGCGCACGUCAACCACACGUUUUCCAGCAUGGGCACGACGCAAAAGAACCCGUUCGUGAAAGGCGAGAGUCAUUUGCCGGAAAACUUUGUCGAACCUCCACCCGGGUUCGUCCCGAGCGAAGAAAAUCGAGUCGCCAAAGACGCCGAUUCGUUCUAA